AUACAGAACCAGGUUUCUGCGCCUGCUCCACCUCCCCCGUCCCGUCAUACAGAACCAGACUCUGCGGCACGGGAUUGCUGGGAGGGCCCCUGGAGAUCUGAGCGCAGGCAGAUCUCUGCUCCACCGAGACUGCUCCACCUCAAGGGGCUGUCAACAGAGGAGAGCGAUGAGGACCCCCACUGUGGACGAGGGGACCUUGAGGCUGGCAGGCCCAGGACUAGCCUGGGGUGCAGGGAAGGGUAGGGAAGGACAGGGAGCAGGUGAGGAGGGCACAGGCAUCCAGGCACCAGGGCAGAGGUGAACAGGCAUGAGGCAUGAAUGCCCCAGAGGGCCAGACACAAUCCAGGGGGCCUCCUGGUGAAGGUGGGCUGUGAGCUAGACUUUGAAGGAUGACCAAACCCAGAGGAAGGGCCGUGUGGCCAAAGGUGGGCAGUGGUGCUGAGAGAACCAGGCCAGAGCAGGAGGGACUGGAGCAUCUCAAAAGCGCUGUGUAUGGCCAUGUGCUCAGACCAGGCAGCUGUGGGCUGAGCCUGGCCAGGGCAUUGGCCUGCACUGGGGAAGCCCUGCCCGGCGUGAAGAAGGCAGCUCCCUGAGGAGCAAGCUUCCUCAGGAUCCAACUCCUGACCCUCAGGCCAGGGAGCACCUGGGUAGGGAGGCCCCAAUUAGCCCUGGCACCCACCACCCCAGCACCCACAGCCCUGGCACCCACAGCCCCAGCAGGCCCAAAUUAGCCCUGGCACCCCCAACCCUGGCACCCACCACCCUGGCACCCACAGCCCCAGCACCCACAGCCCCGGCAGGGCCAAAUUAGCCCUGGCACCCCCAACACAAGCACCCACCACCCCAGCACCCACAGCCCUGGCACCCACCCUGUGCCAACUCUUAUAGGCAGCCACACAGCUUAAGCCCUGAGCAGACGCAGAGUAGGUCCCCUGUCCAGAGGCUCGGGCACAGGUCAUGCAUCUGAGAUGCUCCCACUUGGCACUCUGUGUGACCGAGAGCCUGCUGGUCAAGGUGGGUGGACGCGCAUCAGGGGCUGCCCCAUGUCCUACGCCCACCCCACCCCCACAGAGAGCUCUCUGGGGGCCAUGGUGGCCAAGGUCAUCCAGCCCCGCCCGGCGUCCUUUGGCCCAGGUGCGGGAAGCCUACCUGCAGUUCAUGGUGUCAGUGGCCACGAUGCUGCGGGAGGACGCACACCUGCCCAGGGACAGCCACCUGGUGCAGGAGGACAUGGCACAGGUACUGGAGCUGGAGACACAGCUGGCCAAGGCCACGGUGCCCCAGGAGGAGAGGCACGACGUCAUCGCCCUGUACCACCGGAUGGGCCUGGAGGAGCUGCAAAGCCAGUUUGACCUGAAGGGAUUUAACUGGACUCUGUUCAUACAAACUGUGCUAUCCUCUGUCAAAAUCAAGCUGCUGCCAGAUGAGGAAGUGGUGGUCUACGGCAUCCCCUACCUGCAGAACCUUGAAAACAUCAUCGACACCUACUCAGCCAGGACCAUACAGAACUACCUGGUCUGGCGUCUGGUGCUGGACCGCAUUGGCAGCCUAAGCCAGAGAUUCAAGGACACACGAGUGAACUACCGCAAGGCACUGUUCGGCACGAUGGUGGAGGAGGUACGCUGGCGUGAGUGUGUGGGCUACGUCAACAGCAAUAUGGAGAACGCCGUGGGCUCCCUCUACGUCAGGGAGGCGUUCCCUGGAGACAGCAAGAGCAUGGUCAGAGAACUCAUUCACAAGGUGCGGGCAGUGUUUGUGGAGACGCUGGACGAGCUGGGCUGGAUGGACGAGGAGUCCAAGAAGAAGGCGCAGGAGAAGGCCAUGAGCAUCCGGGAGCAGAUCGGCCACCCUGACUACAUCCUGGAGGAGACGGACAGGCGCCUGGACGAGGAGUACUCCAACCUGAACUUCUCAGAGGACCUGUACUUUGAGAACAGUCUGCAGAACCUCAAGGUGGGCGCCCAGCGGAGCCUCAGGAAGCUUCGGGAAAAGGUGGACCCAAAUCUCUGGAUCAUCGGGGCGGCGGUGGUCAAUGCAUUCUACUCCCCAAACCGAAACCAGAUUGUGUUCCCUGCCGGGAUCCUCCAGCCCCCCUUCUUCAGCAAGGAGCAGCCACAAGCCUUGAACUUCGGAGGCAUUGGGAUGGUAAUCGGGCACGAGAUCACGCACGGCUUUGACGACAAUGGUCGGAACUUCGACAAGAACGGCAACAUGAUGGAUUGGUGGAGUAACUUCUCCACCCAGCACUUCCGGGAGCAGUCAGAGUGCAUGAUCUACCAGUACAGCAACUACUCCUGGGACCUGGCGGACGAACAGAACGUGAAUGGAUUCAACACCCUUGGGGAAAACAUUGCCGACAACGGAGGGGUGCGACAAGCCUACAAGGCCUACCUCAAGUGGAUGGCAGAGGGUGGCAAGGACCAGCAGCUGCCGGGCCUGGAUCUCACCCAUGAGCAACUCUUCUUCAUCAGCUAUGCCCAGGUGUGGUGUGGGUCCUACCGGCCCGAGUUUGCCAUCCAAUCUAUCAAGACAGACGUCCACAGUCCCCUGAAGUACAGGCAAGUGCUCCCAUACCCACAACCCCUUUGCCACCCACAACCCCCUCACCCCCACCCCAGUGGCCUGUAAGAGUUAAAGAAGAAAGCACAAAAAGCGGCUCAGCAAAGCCAGGUUUAUUUUGAGAAUCAACCUGAGAGGGGCUUCUGGCCAAUUUCAGUCAAGAACAUUCUCUUACCGACUAAGGGUAUUUAAGGGUUUAGGAAGGGGGAGCCUACCACAGGCUGGGAAUGUUUCUGUGUGAAGGGAAGUUUUAUUGCAGAGUUGGAAUAUCUGUGGUUGGAAAGGAGGUUAUUCUCGGGAUUGGCAUGUUUCUGGUCAGAUGGGGGUUUAUCUCACAGCUGAAAUGUUUCUGGUCAUACUGACAUGAGCCAUUAGGCUGAUGUUUUGGGCUGGUUUUUAAUCACGGGGAACUUAAAAUGACCGUGUUUGUCCAAGAUGGCAAUGCUCCUGCUGUCACACCCACCCACCCACAGGGUACUGGGGUCACUGCAGAACCUGGCCGCCUUUGCAGACACGUUCCACUGUGCCCAGGGCACCCCCAUGCACCCCAAGGAGCGAUGCCGCGUGUGGUAGCCAAGGCCCUGCCGUGCUGCGUGGCCCACGCCCACCCGCUGCUCCGAGGCAUCUGUGCGGAGAAGGUGCAGCCAGCGGCGACCCAGCAUGUGUCCCGCCCCGGCCGACCAUGCCAAGCCUGCCUGCCAGGCCUCCGCACCUGGCCUAGGGUGCAGCCACCUGCCCGACACCCAGGGAUGAGCAGUGUCCAGUGCAGUACCUGGCCCAGAGUCCCCUCUACGGACACCUGUGGGGCUCAGCGCCCCCGUCACAGCCCUAUAGAGACGAUCAACUGUGUCCUGCCCACCCUCCAAGGUGCAUUGUCUUCCAAUAUCCACAGCUUCAGACUUGAGCUAAGUAAAUGCUUCAAAGAAAUCAGAGGCCUUGCUUGUCUGGGAGGGACCAGGGUGGGCAGACAGGUGGCAGUGGCCUUGGGCACAACAGCUGCCUGGGGAUGGGGGGAGAAUGACAGCUGGGAGCUGAUGGGGAGGGAGCCAGUUCCAGUCAAGUC